GGGGUCAGCUGCCAAGAAACAGGAAGAGAAACCAGCAGCCACUGUUAUAUAUGGGUCAGUAGCACUUCAUUAGAAGUCUGAGGACGAGAUUGCCUGGAGCGAGCUGCAGCCUGCACUGAGCCCUUCAACACUGCUGGGAGUUGCACAGCAACCAUGAGCACAACCACUAAGAAAUCCUUGGAGAGCAAGCUACAGCAGCUAAAAUGCCAUUUCACCUGGAACUUGAUGGCAGGAGACGAGUCAUUGGAUGAGUUUGAGGACAAGGUGUUUAACAAGGAUGAGUUUCAGAACAGUGAGUGUAAAGCCACAAUGUGCAACAUAUUGGCGUUUGUAAAGCACCGCAGAGGCCAAAAUGCAUCAGCACUGAAAGAGUUAGAGAAAGCUGAACAGUUCAUCCAGCAACAGCAUCCUGACCACGUAGAAAUCAGAAAUAUAGUCACCUGGGGAAACUAUGCUUGGGUUUACUAUCACAUGGGCCAACUCGAAAAAGCUCAGGCUUAUCUUGACAAGGUGAGACAGGUCUGUGAGAAGUUUUCCAGUCCCUACAGGAUUGAGAGUCCUGAGCUGGACUGUGAGGAAGGGUGGGCCCGACUGAAGUGUACCCGAAACCAAAAUGAGAGAGUGAAGGUAUGUUUUGAAAAGGCUCUGGAAAAGGACCCGAAGAACCCAGAAUUCACCAGCGGCUGGGCCAUCUCAAACUACCGUCUAGACUUCUGGCCAGCACAGCAGAAUGCCGUCGACUCUCUGAAGCAAGCCAUUAGAAUGUCUCCCAACAGCCCUUAUGUUAAAGUACUCUUGGCCCUGAAACUUGAGAUGAAUCAGGAAAACCAGGGAAAGGAACUGGUUGAAGAAGCCUUGAGGGAAGCCCCAGGUGAGACAGAUGUACUCCGCAGUGCAGCCAGGUUUUAUUAUAAGACACAUGAUAAAGACAGAGCUAUACAGUUGCUUAGCCAGGCUUUAGAACUCCUACCCAACAAUGCCUAUGUGUAUUACUAUAUUGGGUGUUUCUAUAGGUCAAAAGUCCUUCAAAUAGAUUCCAGAAGAGAAACUUCACAGAAUGAGAAUAGAGAGCAGUUACUGAAACAAGCAAUUUAUUACUUAAAGAAAGCAGAAGAGACCAAGGAGAUGAUCAAAGAUUCCUGUAGCUACCUUGCUCAUCUUUAUGUCCUGGCAGAGCAGUACAAAGAAGCCGAUUAUUACUUCCAGAAAGGAUUCAAGAAGGAACUCACUCCUGGCCUUAAACAGUUGCUCCACCUACGGUAUGGCAAUUUUCAGUUUUUUCAAAUGAAGUGUGAAGACAAGGCCAUCCACCAGUAUCUUGAGGGUGUGAAAAUAAGGCAGAAGACGAAGCCUAAAGAAAAGAUGACAAACAAACUUAGAUUGAUUGCUGAAAGGAGACGUUCUCAAAAUGGAUUUGACUCCAAGGCCUUGCACAUCUUGGCGUUUCUUCGGGAGUUGAAUAAAGAAAGCCAGCAAGCUGCUAAAGACUCUGAGAGGGGACAGGACUCUGAGAGGCCUGUUUUUUCAGCGUCUUUGCAUGAGGGGGGGAAUGAAGUGUAGUAACCUGGUGCCCACGAGGCUACUGCUGGAAGGAAACUAGAAACCCUUACCAAGUAGCCAUUCGGAAUACUUAACAACUUCAUGGAAUAAGCAUGUCCUAACAGGCUGACUGUAGUAUUUAUCAGGGUUGCUGGGAACCCUGUGAUCAGAUGUUGGCACCUAAAUCUCUGGAUCACGUAGGGGUCUCAGAAAGAGGCCAGUUGGAGGCACAGAUACAGAGGCCUGGCAAACAGUCUAGAUCUCUUUCUAUUUCUUAGAGAUAGUUUCCAUGGUAGCAAAUUUUCAAUCCCCCUCUGUGGAUUUGUUGUCUUGGGUUUGUUUCUGUAUUUAUGUAAAGCACUCAAAUUCCUCCUAUGGGUGAGUUUCCAUCCUUGAGUUAUUGCUGAUAUGGCACAGCCUUGUUCUACAUAAUAACAGUGUCCAUCAAAAAACUGAGCAGUGGCUCAGGACAAUAAUCCCAGCACUUGGCAGCUGAGACAGGAGGAUUACAGUGAGUUAGAGGUCAGCCUGAGCAUGACCUGGAAAGGGGGUGAAGGGUGUUGAGAAUUAGACAUGUAAAUAUUAAAUGAUUAUGUACGUUGCUUGUUAGUUUGGAUAUGUAUAUGCCUUUAUAACCACUAUCAUCAUAUGUUUAUAAAACCCAGAAGGUAGUGAUUUUGUUUUACUGCAUAAUUUUGAAAUUUACAAAAUAGUGCUCAAUAUUAAUUGAGCUCAAAAUAGAAACUCAAUAGUGAGUUCCAGGUCUAAAAACAAACAAACCAUAACAAAAGCUGAGGGACCAAAUCAAUCCUCCCUCCAAUUGCCCAGCCAGUCCUCAAUCUACCGUGUCCCAUAAACAUGAGUUCAAUUGUUCCAUUAACUCAGAUGGCAAUAUAACUGGAAAAACUGAGACCAGAGAAAGUUAGAAGGGCAGGACAUAUCUGUGUAAAGCAGGAGAGUCAAUGCCAGACUUCCAUGAGGCACACGGGGGGACUUCUCCCCGACUCUGCUCUGCCUGUGAGUAUGAUGCUCCAUGCAAAUAAGGGGCAUUCUGUCUACCAUAGUGACAAAUGACAUAAAUAUUUAUUCCAAACUUGUGUGGAAACUCCUGUGAGACAAAGAGAAUGCUGAUUUACCCUUGACAAUUUUAAACCCACGAGGACAAAGUUUAUAGUCACUAUUAGUCAAAUGAAUACUUCCUUUAUCAAAAAGCUAUGAUGAACCCAUAUGACAGACACUAGGAAGGCCACCAGAUGGGAGAAUAACUUGGUGACUGACGGCCUGGUGGAAGGACUUAGAAAAUGGAAUGGGUAUUGGAGGGUGAAGUUUUUCCUCCAUUAUAAAUAUUGCAUAGUAAGAGACAUAAAGACUUCUUGGAACUCUGAAAAAAUACUCAGGAACAUCACAAAAUUGACAAUUGACAUUUCCUAGGUAAUCCUUGAAUGGAAUAAACUUUAGGGUUGGUGUGAAGCAGCAUCGAGUCAAUGAGCCCAGUAUGAGGCUCUCAGUCACCCUCUGGAGUGGAAAAUGUUUCUCUAUUAGGAUUAGUUUGCCUUUAUGUAAAUAGGAACAUUUUAUUCAGCAAUUCAAAUAUAUUAGAUUUGUAGACUGUUAAAAUGAACAUUCUGACCACUGGAACAAUGUUCCAUGUUAUUUUAAAUGUUAAAAAAUUUUGUAUGCAUUUAAGUCCAUCAGUUUUUAGCAUUUGAAUUUCUGGAAAAAUACUCAGCUUUGUUCAUAAAUAACAUGAGGUAGAACAUUAAGCAGUGCUCUGGUUCAAUAAAAAUUUUACUGUACUCUCA